UAUUGAUCAUCAAGUUCAAGUGCCGGGCCGCUUGGAGCGCGUGGCCGAAAAGAAAUUCUCCGCUUCUCAAACUCUGUACAUACAUAAAAUAUGACAAGUGUAUUGCGAAGUUCGUUGAGACAUGCUCAGGGCAAAAAGUUUCCCGCGAAGUCUGAUCUCUUAUUCCGCCCUGAAGUGUAGCUCUGUAUCCUGUAAAUCUCGUACUUCAAGUCGGAAAAUCUUGAGAGGGGGGCUCCUGGGGGCUCUCUGUGGGUGCUACUCUGUGUGAAGUCCUUGUCCAGCUUCCCUCGACGACUUUGCAAUACAGUGUCGUGGUAUGCAUGACUCGAAAAAUAGGCAUUUUGUGGGCGCGACCUUGUGUCAAGUCCUCACCCGACCUCCCGGGAUGGAUACUGUAUGAAUGACUUGAUAAGUCUGUUCUUUCCCUACCAUGACCACUGACCAUUCGCCCAUCGAUGCCCCGUUCGGCUCUUGGUCAACAGACAGGAUUUUGAGCGACAUGCAACCGAAUCGAUCUGUUCACAGGGUUGGGCAUGGAUAUGUUUCCGUUUUUGAAGAGAGAUAUGUGUUCAAGGUGUUCCAUGACGAAGACCCAUCAGAGCCUCUUUUAAUCAGGCCAAAGGUUGGGCAUGAGCUGCGAAUGAUGCUCAUAGCCGGUUCGGAUUCUGUUCACCUUAUUGGCAGGCUAUUCGACAACACAAAACAGAAAUUGAUUGGGUUCAUUAUGCCAUACGAGCAGGCUCUUGCUCCAGGAGUCAAUAUCGGAGGCGAGCCCGGUGAGAGGGCGAAGUUUUCGAAGGAACAGAAGAGGGAGAUUAUAGAUAAACUCUGUCGCCUUAUCGAAAGGCUCCAGGCAAAACAAAUUAUCCACGGCGACGUCAAACCGUCUAAUCUCCUUCUUUGUUCUGAUGGACAAGUCCGACUUUGUGAUUGGGCACUGGCAUCUGUAAACGGGGAUAACUUCAUUGCAUACGCCGUGUCCGACCAUUACGCUUCUUGUCGACGAUGCUGCCUUCCGCAAGAACCUCUUGCUCUGGAGGAAGAUUUGUACGCCACGGGUGUCUCAAUCUGGGAGAUAUGGAUGGAGAAGGUACCGUUCGAGGACGUGGAGGAGGACAUAGUGGAUGAACUAGUUAUGGGAGGGAUCAGGCCAGAUUUACAAGCAGUGGAUGACCCCGAAAUCGCAGCCCUCAUUAAAUCAUAUCUCGAUGCAGGUCCUGCAUGUCUAAACAAACCGGGUCAGACCCGCACUGUGUGCACUCAAGUUGAUGUUACAUUCAACAACUGCCGUGCAACCCCGACCCACGUAGAGACACGCGUUGUUAAAUGUUACCAUUGCCAGGACCCAGAUGCUACACAGCAGUGUGCAGAACCAUUUCGGCUGCCAAAUGUACUGGUCGAGUCAUCUAGUCCCGUUUGUCCGAAAUGCAAUCCGAUAUAGGUCGGAUGGAGGAGGUGCUGAACUUCUGCGAAAGGUAUAUAACUUCCUUACUUGUACGUAUACAGCUAGUUAGAGCUGGUUUUCCCUGUAUCGCAACUAGCUUCACAAUGAAUUGGCCCGACACCUUGGCAGACGUUGCGUUGCAUUUUCACUUCACCAGCUCUUU